AUUUGCCAUAAUAAUAAUUAAGAAAAAAGAAAAAAAAAAAAAGGAAAAGGGAAGUCAAUAUUCAAACGAGAAGAUAAGACAAAAGAGCUACUACUCCGAUGAUGACUCGUGCCAUCUCGUUUUCUGAUCUUUGUUCACAAUUUCUACCAAAAAUUGUCUACACUUCAAACCCAUUGCCAAAGUAAUACGCAUGAAAAAUAUUGUAUUAAUUUAGGAAUUUCUGGUUCGGCUGAUUUUUCUUCAAAUUUGGGGAAAAUAUCUUCGUGGGGCUGCCGCCACAGUGACAGAGGUAGGUGAAAAUGGAAAAUCUUGAAAUGGGUUAUUUCUUAAAUCAAGAAAAUUUGCUGCUGUCUUCUUGAUUCAUGAAGAAAACAAGAGAAUCAAGUGGGAAAAGCUGUUGUCUUGAAACUGAUCUGUUAUGUUCAUAACCUUAUCUUAUGUCUGAGAAAAUAUUGGGUUGACUUGUGAGGAAAAAGGAAAAAAACUAAAUUGAUUGAUGAUUUCUUGGAAGGUCGAUCAGACAACGGGGUUUUUCGAUUUUCGGUUAAUUUGAUUGAAGCAUUUGAAUAAUUGGGAGGAAGAAAAAAAAGAAUUUUGGGAGGAUUUAAUUUAGAGAAAAAAUGGCAGUGGGGUGGAGUAUGACAGUUUGGGUGGGAAGAAUGAUAUGGAUGGCAUUGAGUACUUGGGUGGUUUCUUGCUUAAUCGUUGCCGAUGAAAUCGCGGGCUCGAUUCGAACUGGUGAUAUCGGUCCUUUCGGUGUUGGUUGAUUAACAAAGAUACGAUUUUUUUUUUUUACAAUCACUAGUUCUUGUUUGCUUGAUGAUCCACUUGUUUUUUCUUACAUUGUUUUCCUUUCUUUCUU